CUGGCACAACAAGAGAAAGACAAUCUCAACGAAACAGUGUUGUCUUAGAUGCACAUGGCCUUUCAUCGCACGAAACGACUUCGACAAGUUUUAUGAACAUAACACCUGCAGGAAGACGUUCUCAACCAAACAUUAAUGGCUUCCAAAGAUCAGUUCUUACCAAACUGGAAACAUUAAUUGAUAAGCAAGAAGGAGCGUUGUCAAUAUUGCGUGCUCUGUUAAGCGUUACGAAAGGUGUAGACGAGCACGAAAUUUUGGAAGAUGUUGUACCCAAUCCCUUAGAUUCAGUUGAAGAACUUGAGGAGCUAUCCUCUAGUCUUGAUGAAGAAAAGUCCAGAAGAAAGUUGCUGCAGUUUUUGGUAGCACUGUGCGCAAACACCUGUGCAAACAGUGUUAGAAGAGUUAUGACAAAGCUGGGAACAAAUAAUCUAUGGUCCCAAUAUAGUUUAAAAGGCAGAAAGUCAAAGCGACCAUUUCAACACCUUGCCCUCUGCAAAGUUAUAACAAAAGCCAGCCUCAGAGCUCAUAAAGGAUGCAGCGAGGCCAACGUUGAAGAGCAAAUUGCCGAAUUUUUAAAAUAUGCUCCAGGAAGGCAAGGUGGUUCCAGAUUUAAGGUCCGAAAAGGCAACUUAUUGGAAUCGGCUUAAUUAGCAUUUUUAUAAAUAUGUAUACAUAUUAAAACACUCACAGCAAAACAGAUGAAUUAAAAGUUGAUUAUAUGGAAAUCAAA